CCGGGGCGGGGCCGCGCGGGCCGGGAUGGGGCGGUCGCCGGGGCGGUGGUCCAAGCCGGCGAGCGGCGGCGGCGAGCACAGGAGAGGCUGCGGACCGAGGCGCAAGUUUCGGACGCGGCGCCAUGCGCGGCCCCCAGGCCUGGCCGCUGCGGCUGCUCCUGAGGCGGGGCCCAGCCGCCCGCGCCCCCGGGACCCGGCCGCCGCCGACGCGCCUGGCGCCGGCGCGGCUUGGGGACGCGGGGCCGGCGCUCCUCGAGGGUGGCGAAGCCGCGCGAGGCCCGCGGUGCCGGGCGGGCCGCUGCCCGGGCGGGGGUCCCGGCAGCCCCGCGGGCGGCGCGGGCCUGGCGCGGCUCCUGGCGCUGUGGGCGCGGCCCUCCGGACCCUCCAAGUGCGGGGCGCUCGCCGGGUCCGGCGUCCCCCGGCUCCCGCGCGCCGCGCUCCCCGGCGGCCCAGCGGCGGUCGCGCGGGGCGGGGGCGAGACUUGGCUGCGCGAGCCGGCCUUGCCUGCGGCCGCGGCGACCCCCGGACACGACCCGCUGCAGCGGCCCAUGGCUGCCGGGCGCUCGGAGGCCCAGAAGCUCCUAAGGCUGGCGCAGCCCGAGCGCCGGAGGCUGGCAGCUGCAGUUGGGUUUCUGACGGUGUCGAGUGUCAUCACCAUGUCCGCCCCCUUCUUCCUGGGGAAGAUAAUCGACGUCAUUUACACAAACCCCUCCGCGGACUACAGCUCCAGCCUGACCAGUCUCUGCCUGGCGCUCGGCGGCGUGUUCCUGUGCGGCGCCGCGGCCAACGCCGUCCGCGUCUACCUCAUGCAGACAUCAGGUCAGCGCAUCGUGAAUAGGUUGAGAGCUUCGCUCUUUUCCUCGGUUCUGAGGCAGGAGGUCGCUUUCUUUGACAAGACGCGCACCGGAGAGCUGAUCAACCGCCUGUCCUCGGACGCGGCCCUGCUGGGGCGCUCAGUGACCGAGAACCUCUCGGACGGGCUCAGGGCCGGAGCCCAGGCUUCCAUUGGCGUUGCCAUGAUGUUUUUUGUCUCCCCUAAUCUGGCCACUUUCGUUUUGAGUGUGGUGCCUCCAAUAUCCAUCCUUGCUGUGCUUUAUGGCCGAUACCUACGGAAACUGACCAAAGUAACUCAGGACUCCCUGGCACAAGCCACUCAGCUAGCUGAGGAACGUAUUGGAAAUAUAAGAACUGUUCGAGCUUUUGGGAAAGAAAUGACUGAAAUAGAGAAAUACACCAGCAAAGUGGACCAUGUGAUGCAGUUAGCAAGGAAAGAGGCAUUUGCUCGGGCUGGCUUCUUUGGAGCAACCGGGCUCUCUGGGAACCUAAUCGUGCUUUCUGUGCUGUACAAAGGAGGGCUGCUGAUGGGCAGCGCCCACAUGACAGUGGGUGAACUCUCUUCCUUCCUAAUGUAUGCUUUCUGGGUUGGAUUAAGCAUUGGAGGUCUGAGCUCCUUCUACUCAGAGCUGAUGAAGGGACUGGGUGCCGGGGGCCGCCUCUGGGAGCUCCUCGAGAGAGAGCCGGAGCUUCCUUUCAAUGAGGGGGCCAUUUUAAACGAGAAGAGCUUCCAGGGCGCUUUGGAAUUCAAGAACGUGCAUUUCGCCUAUCCAGCUCGCCCAGAGGUGCCCAUAUUCCAGGAUUUCAGCCUUUCUAUCCCAGCAGGAUCCAUCACAGCGCUGGUUGGCCCAAGUGGUUCUGGCAAAUCAACAGUGAUUUCUCUCCUGCUGAGGCUGUACGACCCCAGCGCUGGAACGAUCAGUCUUGAUGGCCGUGACAUCCGUCAGCUAAAUCCAGUCUGGCUGAGAUCCAAGAUUGGGACAGUGAGUCAGGAACCAAUUUUGUUUUCUUGCUCAAUUGCGGAGAACAUUGCCUAUGGCGCAGACGACCCUUCCUCGGUGACGGCCGAGCAGGUAGAGAAAGUGGCUGGUGUAGCCAAUGCAGCUGCGUUCAUCCGACAUUUCCCUCAAGGGUUCAACACUGUGGUCGGAGAAAAGGGCGUGCUCCUCUCAGGUGGGCAGAAACAGCGAAUUGCAAUUGCCCGUGCUCUGCUUAAGAAUCCCAGAAUUCUUCUCCUAGAUGAAGCAACCAGUGCACUGGACGCUGAAAACGAGUAUCUCGUUCAGCAAGCUCUGGAUCGACUGAUGGAAGGAAGGACGGUGUUCAUCAUCGCCCAUCGUCUGUCCACCAUUAAGAAUGCCAAUAUGGUAGCUGUCCUUGACCAGGGGAAGAUCACCGAGUGUGGGAAACACGAAGAACUGCUUUCGAAACCAGACGGGAUAUACAGGAAAUUAAUGAAUAAACAGAGUUUUAUUUCAGCAUAAAGAAGCAAUUAUUGGUAAACUUAAUAUGAGACACUUUAAAGCAAAGCAGCACUGCAGGAAAAAAAAUUUUUAAAAACCCAGGCUGUAUGAAAUCUGUAAAUCAUACUUCAAGUUAUUUGAAAUCUGCCUAUUUUUUCCAAAGAUUGUAAAAUAUUGUUUUGAGAUCGACCUGUUCUCAAGACCUUUUUAUUCAGAGUUUUAAUAAUUGUAACUUUCUAAAUGUCAAGCUCACUGAAGUUAUUUUCAGGUUUUGUACUUUUAUCUUGGAAUAUUUUGAUUAAUAUAGCCUGGCACCUCACUUUCUUUUAUCUGCUGUUAUAAAUUGAAGCUAUUGUCAAAUGACAACUUUUAAAAGGGAAUUAUAAAUAAAGAGCCUAAUUAUUUUAGGCCACUUUACCAAUCACUGUGUAAUCUCUUGGUAGUACUCUACCUACUUUGGGUAUCAUUUUACUAGGUAGCAUAAUAGAAGGUGAAAAUCUAACCCUUUAUUUUAUCCUGAUAAUCUCAUAAAGCAAACCUGACAUAUAUAUAUAUAUAUAUAUAUGUAUCUAUAUAUAUAUAUAUAUAUAUAUAUAUGUAUAUAUAUAUA